AUGGGAAAGCAGAUGUGAAGUCCCUGAUGGCGAAGUUUAACACGCUGGGCAACCCCACGCAGGAGGUCAACAGCCGGCCCUUCAAAGUGGCGGGGCAGAACUCCCCGUCAGGCGUACAGGCGAGAAAGAACUUAUUCGACAACCAAGGAAAUGCCAGCCCCCCCACGGGACCCAGCAACGUGCCCAAGUUUGGAUCGCCGAAGCCUCCUCUGGCAGUGAAACCUUCUUCCGAGGACAAGCCGGACGUGGAGCCCAAGCCCCCCUUCCUAAAGCCCACGGGCGCGGGCCCGAGGUUCGGGUCGCCCUCCCCGGCAGCCUCGGCCUCGGCCAGCAGGGGCCCGGAGGGGAAGGUGGAAUUUCCCAGGCCUGCAGGCCUCAAGCCCACCAGCCUGCCCCGAGAAGACGCCAAGCCCGCCUUCCCGCGGCCUCCCGGGAACAAGCCUGCCCUGCCCGGUGCGAGCCAGGACCCUGACCUGAAGCCUCCAGGGCUGAAGCCCAAGUUUAACCCUCCGGCCCAGGAAAAUGAGCAGAAGCCAGUGUUCCCCAAGCUGUCUGGCAUCCAAGGCAAGUUCGUGUCCGCCUCCCAGGACCAGGACCCCAAGCCCCUCUUCCCCAAGCCCCCCUUUGGCCAGAAGCCAUCCCUCAGCGUGGAGGACCCUCACGAAGCCGAGAGCCCCCCAAAGAAUGCAGCGCUACAAAGAGGAGCCGUGGGCCCCCUGGGGGUCAAGCCCAAAGUGGGCCCUUUAAAGCCUGCAAAGGAAGACCCGGAAAAUAGAGACCAUGGAGGGGAGACGUCCAGUUCGCCUUUUCCUGGCGUCGUUCUGAAACCGGCGGCCAGCAGGGGAGGCCCGGGCCUCCCCAAAGGUGCUGAAGAAAGGAGAGAAGACAGACGGAUAGAUGCCGCCAAGAACAUGUUCCUGAGCAAAAUGAACCAAGAGGACCCGGCCUCUGGGGCCCCCCCUGCCAAGUUCCCAAAGACACCCUCUAAGGUGGCCGUGGCAGGGCCCUGGGGCCAAAGUCAGGAAAAGGAAAAGGGUGACAAGCACCCAGCCACCCCCAAGCAGAAGCCCCUGCCCCCUUUGUCCGUCCUGGGCCCGCCGCCCCCGAAACCCAGCCGGCCGCCGCAGGUCAACCUGUCGAAAUUCUACAAAGCUGCCCCUGGAAACGGUACCAGCAAAGGCCAACCACCUUUCUCAACAACUUCCGUACCACCGCCCCCACCGUCCCAUCCAGCCAGCCAACCGCCCUUGCCAGCUUCCCACCCGACACAACCGCCAGUCCCAAGUCUACCUCCCAGAAACAUCAAACCUCCUCUAGAUCUAAAAAGCUCGGUAAAUGAUGACAGUCGAGAUGGUGGCAUGCACUUGGAUGGUUCUGGAAACCUAGAAGAGGAAGAAAGUGAAGGAGAAACAUAUGAAGACAUAGAAGCAUCCAAAGAACGAGAGAAGAAAAGGGAAAAGGAGGAAAAGAAGAAGUUAGAGCUGGAGAAAAAGGAGCAGAAAGAGAGAGAAAAGAAAGAACAAGAGAUAAGGAAGAAAUUCAAACUCACAGGCCCUAUCCAAGUCAUCCAUCAAGCCAAAGCUUGCUGCGAUGUCAAAGGGGGAAAGAAUGAGCUGAGCUUCAAGCAAGGGGAGCAGAUUGAAAUAAUCCGCAUCACAGACAACCCAGAGGGAAAGUGGUUGGGCAGGACCAGCAGGGGGUCAUAUGGCUACAUCAAAACAACUGCUGUGCAGAUUGACUACGAUUCCUUGAAACGGAAGAAAAACUCUCUCGGUCCUCUUUCAUCGAAACCCAUUGAAGAUGACCAAGAAGUGUAUGAUGAUGUGGGGGAGCAGGAUGAGGUCAGCAGCCACAGUCACAGUGGAGGUGGAGGGUUCCCACCUCCCCCAGAUGAUGAUAUUUAUGAUGGAAUUGAAGAAGAAGAGGCUGAUGAUGGCUCCACGCUACAGGUUGAAGAGAAGAGUAACACGUGGUCCUGGGGGAUUUUGAAGAUGUUAAAGGGAAAAGAGGACAGAAAGAAAAGUAUACGAGAGAAACCUAAAGUCUCUGAGUCAGACAAUAAUGAAGGUUCAUCCUUCCCUCCGCCUCCUAAACAACUGGAAGGGGGAGAGGAGGUGUACGACGAUGUGGAUGCCUCAGAUUACCCUGCUCCAUCAGCUGAGAUGAGUCAAGGAACCAAGGCCAAAACAGAAGACAUAGACCCUAAGAAGCUAAAAAAGCAAGAAAAAGAAGAAAAAGACUUCAGGAAAAAAUUUAAAUAUGAUGGUGAAAUCAGAGUCCUCUAUUCAACCACAGUUGCUCCGUCCCUAACUGCGAAGAAGUGGGGGAACAGAGACCUCCCGGUGAAGCCUGGCGAAUCCGUCGAAGUCAUACAGAACACGGAUGACACCAAGGUCCUCUGCAGGAAUGACGAAGGGAAAUAUGGUUAUGUUCUUCGGAGUAACUUGGUGGACAAUGAUGGAGAAAUCUAUGACGAUAUUGCUGACGGUUGCAUCUAUGACAAUGACUAACCCUCAGCUUGGGUCAUCUGUACCUACGUGAAGUCUGGGUUUGAACUGGCCUAUGUUAUUGGUUAUCACAGAAAAUGAAUGCACAAAACUACUUAUCAUGUGUUAUAAAAUUAUGAUUAUCUUGAUAAAGUUUUGACAUUGUGGACUUAGAAAGUGAUCUCUCUGCUUAAUCAACAUCUGGGAAGACUGUAUCAUGAAAUGUAGGAAUUAUUAAAUAUUUAAACAUCCCA